AUAUUCAGCAUCAUCAGUCAAGUCACUUCAAUACUAUCCAAGAUAAACAUUAUUUUUUAUAUUAAAAAAGUGCAUGACAACACCAUGCCACAAACAGACGUCCUCAUCAUCGGCGCCGGCCCAACAGGCCUCGUCCUCGCCCUCUGGCUAACCCGCCAAGGCAUAAACGUGCACAUCGUCGACAAAGCCGAAGCAAAGGCCUCGACUUCGCGAGCGCUCGCCAUCCACGCCCGCACGCUAGAACUCUAUCGCCAACUCGACCUAGCAGACGAGAUCGUCUCGCUCGGACACAAGGUCAAAGCGACAAAUAUCUGGUCCGAAGGCUCGUACAGAGCGCGGAUUCCCAUCGUCGACGCCGGUUCGGGACUAACGCCGUACCCGUUCGUGUUUAUUCUGUCGCAGGACGUGCAUGAGCAAGUGCUUGAACGGCACCUGAAUGCGAUGGGCGUGUUCGUGGAUCGGAAUCGCGAAUUGGUCGAGUUCGCGGACCAUGAAACGCACGUCUCCGCUUCCUUCAAGGAUACGACCACAGGGAAGGGGACGGAGACGAUUGACACAACAUACAUAGUCGGCUGCGACGGGGCUCACUCCGCGGUGCGACAUCUCAGCGAAAUCGAGUUCGACGGGGAUACAUACACGCAGCUCUUUUUCGUCGCGGACAUCGAAGCCGGCGGGCCGACGAUGAACGGCGAAGCGCAUGUAUCGUUCAACCAGUCCGACUUCUUCCUCCUAUUCGCAUUCAACGAGGGCAAGUCGGCGCGAGUCACCGGCGCAAUCGACGAGAGCAAUAUCACCAAGGACCCGGCGGACGUAACAUUCGACGACGUGGCGCCGUCGAUCCGCAAGAACAUGAAGCUGGACGUGAGCAGAGUCAACUGGUUCACGACGUACAAAGUACAUCAUCGGUUGGCGCGAUCGUUUCGCAAAGGAAGAGCCUUCCUGGUCGGCGACGCAGGUCACAUUCAUAGCCCUGUGGGCGGGCAGGGCAUGAACACGGGGAUCGGCGACGCGAUCAAUCUGGCCUGGAAGUUGACGUCUGUGAUCCAGGGGAAAGCGGAUGAUUCGCUGCUGGAGACGUAUGAGGUUGAACGUCGUGCUUUUGCAAGUACCCUUGUGCAAACGACGGACUGGGCGUUCAACUCAAUCGUCGGGAAUGGGUAUCUGGUCAGUUUCUUCCGGACGUGGAUUAUCCCGUACACGGCGCCGUUUAUGACGCGGUUCGAGAGGUUCCGACAUAGAGUCUUCCGCGGCAUUUCGCAGACGUUGAUCAACUAUCGGCAUAGUGAUUUGUCUGCUGGGGGUGUUGGGGAUGUGCAAGGCGGCGAUCGUUUGCCUUGGGCGCCGGUGGGGGAUGUUGAUAACUUCGACGGUCUGAAGGCUAUUGCAUGGCAGGUCCAUGUGUAUGGCGAAGCUAAUGAGAAGCUGUUGGAUUGGUGUCGAGAGAAGAAAGUGCAACUGACUGUGUUUUCAUGGGACGCGAAGUAUCAGAGCGUUGGGUUGACACAGGAUGCAGCUUACCUUCUUCGACCGGACACCUAUGUUGCUGUGGUAGAGCUAUCAGGCCUUCCGGAUCGAUUUGAUGAAUUUUUGCAGGCGAACAAGCUCCAGCUGGUCUGAUGCAAUUACCACUUUUGUGAUGUCUGUGCAUUUACGUUGAUGAACUUUGCCUUCACUGGGCUGGAGUAUAUGUACAUACGAUGUCAGGUUACCAUGGCGUUUAGGAACAAAAUCUCCAUUCUGAUUCAAGGGAA